AUGUCUGGUGUUGUCAAUAGUGAAAAGCCAAUACCUGAUUAUAUGGGUGUUGUAAAUACGGACACUGAAUCAAGUGAUUCACAAAAAGAAGAUAGCCUUAAACAAAAGUUCAGCGCGGAUAAUUUUUCUGGAGAUGAGAAGUCUCCUCAUGCCAUUGAUAUCCCAAAGAAACCACCAUCUGAUUAUAUCACUGUUUGUUUAAACUGUAUUAUGAUUGCUUUUGGUGGAUUUAUGAUGGGCUGGGAUAUUGGUACUAUUGGUGGUUUCAUUGCUCAACCAGAUUUUAAAAGAAGAUUUGGUUCUACAAAUAAGUAUGGUGAACAUUAUUUAUCAAAGGCUAGGACGGGGCUAUUGGUUUCCAUUUUUAAUAUCGGGUGUGCCAUUGGUUCUGUCACUUUAGGUAAUAUUGGCGAUAUCUAUGGCCGCCGUCUAGGUUUAAUUAUUGCCACUAUAAUUUUUGUUGCCGGUGUUGUUAUAGAAAUAGCCUCUAUUGACAAAUGGUACCAAUAUUUCAUUGGUAGAAUUAUAUCUGGAGUUGGUAUGGGAGUUGUCGUUAUUUUGUCUCCUAUGCUAAUUUCAGAAGUAUCUCCAAAGGAGCUGAGAGGUGCUAUGGUUUCUAGUUUUCAGUUAAUGAUUACACUAGGUAUGUUCUUGGGUGAUUGUACUGAAUAUGGUACUAAGAAGUAUUCCAAUUCUACUCAAUGGAGAGUUGGUCUAGGUCUACAAUUUGCCUGGAGUUUAUGUAUGGUUGGUGGCAUGCUGUUUGUCCCUGAAUCUCCAAGAUUCUUGGUUGAAAAAGGCAAAAUUGAAGAAGCAAAACGUUCGGUGGCCAUUUCAAAUAAACUGAAUGCUACAGAUCCCGCUGUAAUUGCUGAAGUGGAGGAAAUUCAAGUUGCUGUUGAGCAGAGAAGAGCUGAAGGUGAGGCUGGAUGGAGUGAAGUUUUUGACUCUAGAACUAAGGUUUUACAAAGAGUUAUUAUAGGUAUUAUGAUUAUGGCUCUGCAACAGCUGUCAGGUGCCAACUAUUUCUUCUACUAUGGUACCACUGUUUUCAAGUCUGUUGGUCUGGAAGAUGGUUUUGAAGCUGCCAUUAUUUUUGGUGUUAUUAACUUUUUUUCUACUUUUGUAUCAUUGUAUCUGAUUGAUAGAUUCGGUAGAAGAACAUGUUUAUUAUGGGGUGCAGCAGGUAUGAUUUGCUGUAUGGUUAUCUUUGCCUCAGUUGGUGUGACAAGACUAUGGCCAAAGGGUAAAAGUGCUGGCAUUUCAUCCAAGGGUGCUGGUGACUGUAUGAUUGUCUUCAGUUGUUUCUUUAUCCUAUGUUUUGGCGCUUCUUGGGCUCCAGUUCCGUUUGUCAUUAUUUCUGAAUCUUUCCCAGUAAAGAUAAAAUCCAAAGGUAUGGCUUUGGCAAUUGUCUCAAAUCAAAUCUGGACAUUUUGUAUUGGCUUUUUCACCCCUUUCAUCACAGGUUCUAUCAAUUUCUACUAUGGCUAUGUUUUCUUGGGCUGUUUAGUAUUUGCUUGGUUUUAUGUUUUCUUCUUUGUCCCAGAAACCAAAGGUUUACACUUGGAAGAGGUUAACAUUAUGUGGGAAGAAGGUACUUUACCAUGGAAAUCAGCUAAUUGGGUCCCACCAUCACAGAGGAAUGCAGACUAUGAUGUUAAUGCAAUGGCCAACGAUGACUCUCCAGCAUGGAAGAAGAUUUUCGGUAAGCAAUAA